AUGGCGAUCCGUCAGCUUUACGAGGGGAAAUUUGGCAAUGGGGGCAAAGCAACCAGGAAGACGGUUAUUAAAUGGGCAUCGCCCUCAUGGAUUGUUGUUUCUGCCAUGUUACAAUUUACCCAUUGCCUGAAAACCUCUCUGGAAACUCCACUAUGUGAUUGGAGUGCCACCCCUGUGCUUCUAGAGCCACUGAGACGGUCUGAGUUUGACACCAGCGAUGAUCAUUAUCAGUUCGCCACUUUUGACUGCAGUCGUUGUCAUCGUCAGUACUCUUCAAUGAAAAGCCUCAGACGUCACGUUUUCCACUGUGGGAAAGUAGUUCGCAGUGCCUUAGGGCACACAGGUCGCAUUCAGUACUUCGAUGAAAACGGAGAUCAAAGGCAAUUUGUUUGCACCUAUUGCAGUAAAGCCUACAGAUGGAAGAAGGGAUUAAAAGUGCACCAGAUUCGUUGUGAAGCCAAACUGGAACAAGAUCGUCGAGAUGGAAGAGUGCCUGAAGAAGCUACCGAAAAAGCUAUUGAAAAAGCUACCGAAAAAGCUACUGUAAAGGCUACUGAAAAAGCUACUGAAAAAUAUCCUUUAGAAACCCCGCGAGCUCCUCCAGAAUUUACUAAUCUCAAUAUUCCACCAGUAAUUAUCAAAAAUUCAACUUCAGGUCGUUUCCAAUGUAUUUUGUGCCGAAAAAGAUACAACUGGCUGAAGAAUCUAAAACGUCAUCAAGUUGUCUGUCGCCAAAAGAUGUUGACUAAACAACGUUGGAAGGAUUGCAAAGUAAUGCUGGAACCACUGAGUUCAGAAAGUAAACCAAAUGUGUCUGCCCAGAAUUUCAAAUGCGUUAAUUGUGGAAGGGAAUAUAGAUGGUUGAAGGCCUUCAAACAACAUCAGACAAAUUGCGAACCUAAGGAGAGAGGAAAUCAGUGGAAUAUCAGUGAUACUUCUGGAACACAAUAUGAUAAUGUAAUUGUCAAUGUUGAUGAUGUAGAUACUGAUGAAGAAGUCGAUGUAGUUGAUGUUAAAGUUGAUGUUGAAAUCUUAGAUGUCGAAGAAUUCCAGAGCGAGACAAAUUUAAUUUCUAAUCAGGAAGUUAAAAAACCGAGUAAAACCCAAAAAGGCUUGAAACAGGAUGGAUCGGGCGAUUCCUACAAGUGCGCUCUUUGUGGAAAUGAAUACAAGUGGAAGAAAAAUUGGAAGCGACAUUAUUUAAAAUGUAGCGUAGGAGGCCGACAUGCUGGUGCAGAGGUUGGAAAGAGACAAUUUGGGCUGAAAGCGGAAUGCACUAUAAGACAACAACUGGAUUUGAGAAAACUUAUGAAGAAUCUCACAACGAACUUCAAGGGAAAUUUCAAUGCCCUCUAUGUGGAAAACUUUAUAAAUGGUUGAGACAUCUAAAUCGCCAUAGAGACAUUUGUGGCGAUAAAAAUAAUCCAAAAUUUUCUUGUCAGAUUUGUAACACUGCAUUUACUCGUGCAGAUACACUCACGCGUCAUUAUAAGCGCAAACAUCUUACAAAUGAACAAAUCAACUGAUUUAUCAAAGAGAUUUAAUAAAUAUAUAUUACAUAAUACAUUGCACAAUAUAUGUAUAGGACAUGCAAUAAAAAAUUUUCCUCCCCAAUCAAAUUCAUUUUUAAUGUUGAAAAUCGCUAAACAAUUACGUUCAGUAGAGUCUCUCACUAAGCGCCCGGUGCUCGGGGCGGUUGUCCUCACUAAGCGCCCGCUUAUUUGAACCACCCCCACCUGCUGUUAUUAAAGGAUAAAUCAAAUAUCGUCUCGCGCAUGCGCAUCUCAUGCCACGGUCUAGGUGCUUACCGAAUGUAGAAGUAAUAAAAGUGAGAGGUACUUGGCGAGAAAAGGCGCUUGGUGAGAUUCUAUUGUACUUCAUUUGAUUGUGAGUAUAAUAUUUGAGAGUGGCUGUAACUUUUACUAACAUGUGUGUAUUUUUUGUCAAUAGUUUUUUCUGAUGUUGGUUCCUGGGCUACAAACGCAGUUCCUGUCACACGACUAGUUGACUCAAGACUUAUGCAAAUCAAUAAUUUUGAAGACUAUGAUCCCGAAGCUGCGAAUCAAAAUCCUAUAAAAUGUGCCAAUUGUGGAAAAACGUAUACAUGGCUUUACAGUUUGAAACGUCAUUUGUUGAGUUGCGGAAACAAUGAGGCAAAAUAUGUUUGCCAAUUUUGCACUGACAAAUUUUUUAAUUCUGACCGGCUCAGAUAUCACAUGAGAACUGUUCACAAUUUUAACAAAAGUCAGAAGAAAUGGAACUAUGUAAUCAAUCUAUUUAUUUUGGGGAUAACAAAAGCUUCCAGAAUCAGAUUCUAAUCUUAACAAAAAGAAUGGCUUGACGCAAA